CUCUCUCACACACUGCACCUUGGGCUUCCUUGUGGUCACAGAGCCUGUCAGCUCGGCAGCUGCACCAUGAAUGCAGUGACCUAUGAUGAUGUGCAUGUUGACUUCACUUGGGAAGAGUGGACUUUGCUGGAUCCUUCCCAGAAGAAUCUCUACAAAUAUGUAAUGCUGGAGACCUACAGAAACCUCAUUACUAUAGGAUACAGUUGGGAAGACCAUAAUAUUCAAGAACAUUGUCAAAGUUCUAGAAGACAUGAAAGGCAUGAAAAUGAUCAAACUAGAGAGAAAACUUCUGUAUAUACUCAAUGUGUUAAAACCUUUGAAUGUGACAGUCAUCUUCACAGGCAUGGAAAAGCACAUCCUAGAUUGAAAACUUUUGAAGGAAAUGAGUGUGGUAAAGCCAUUUCACAUCACAGUCAUCUUCAAAUGUAUAAAAGAACAUACACUGGAGAGAAGCCCUAUGAAUGUAAUCAGUGUGGCAAAACCUUUGCAUAUCACAGUAAUCUUCAAAGGCAUAAAAGAACAUAUACUGGAGAGAAGCCCUAUGAAUGUAAUCAGUGUGGCAAAACCUUUGCAUAUCACAGUAAUCUUCAAAGGCAUAAAAGAACACAUACUGGAGAGAAGCCCUAUGCAUGUAAUCAGUGUGGUAAAGCCUUUGCAAGUCAUGGUCAUCUACAAAAUCAUGAAAGAACCCAUACUGGAGAGAAACCCUAUGAAUGUAAUCAGUGUGCUAAAGCCUUUGCGUGCCACAGUAAUCUCAGAAAACAUGAAAGAACCCAUACUGGAGAGAAACCCUAUGAAUGUAAUCAGUGUGGUAAAGCCUUUGCACAUUGUAGUACUCUCCGAAAACAUGAAAGAAGCCAUACUGGAGAGAAACCCUAUGAAUGUAAUCAGUGUGGUAAAGCCUUUGCAUAUUGCAGUACUCUCCGAAAACAUGAAAGAAGCCAUACUGGAGAGAAACCCUAUGAAUGUAAUCAGUGUGGUAAAGCUUUUGCACGUUGCAGUAUUCUCCGAAAACAUGAAAGGACCCAUACUGGAGAGAAACCCUAUGAAUGUAAUCAGUGUGCUAAAGCCUUUGUGUGCCACAGUAAUCUCCGAAAACAUGAAAGAAGCCAUACUGGAGAGAAACCCUAUGAAUGUAAUCAGUGUGGUAAAGCCUUUGCACAUUGCAGUAGUCUCCGAGAACAUGAAAGAAGCCAUACUGGAGAGAAACCCUAUGAAUGUAAUCAGUGUGGUAAAGCCUUUGCACAUUGCAGUAGUCUCUGAGAACAUGAAAGAAGCCAUACUGGAGAGAAACCCUAUGAAUGUAAUCAGUGUGAUAAAGCCUUUGCACAGCACAGUCAUCUUCUAAGGCAUGAAAGAAGCCAUACUGGAGAGAAACCCUAUGGAUAUAAUGAGAGUGGUAAAACUUUUGCACUUCAUAGUACUCUUCAAAUGCAUAAAAGAUUACACACUGGAGAUAAACUCCAUGAACCUAAUCAUUGUGGUAAAGCAUUUGCAUGUGUGAAUAAUCUAAAUCAUGAAAUAAAAUCGUACUGCAGAGAAACCCUAUAAAUGUAUUCAAUGGGAUAAAGUUUUAUACUUUAUAUACAAUUAAAACUUUUGUUUGCAACAAUCUGUUAAAAUGUUUGCCUAUUAAAAUAAACAUUGACUACCUGAAAAAGA